AUGGAAGUAGAAACUAGACAAACUUCUGAAUGGUCUAAGCUUGAAGAAAGUACUCCAAUCUCUAAGGGUAGUAGAUGGGACGAAACACCUAGAGACUCGGAAGAUUCAGUAACAGAGACACCACGCAAACGAAGUAGAUGGGAUGUUACUCCUCAAGUUUCAACAAAGAAAUCUCGUUGGGAUGAAACACCUACUCAUCCAGAAGCUCAAAUUAGAGCCACACCUGCUGGGAAUUUGGACAUUUCAAUAAUUGCAAAAAGUACAACUAUGGAAAAAGAUCCAAAAGCACGUAAUAAACCUUUAUCAGAUGAAGAGCCUAAUGCAAUGUUUCCUUCAACUGGUUACAAAACUCUGGAACCACUAUCAGGAUAUGUACCGAUCAGAACUUCUGCUUGUAAAUUAAUGGCCACACCAACACCAAUGGUAGGCAAAGAAGAUAAAGAUGAAAGUGAAUUACCUGAAGGAAUGCAAGAUUAUGAGAUUAUUUCUUAA